AUAAAAGCAAAAACAAAAGGCAUACCCGUACAUAAAGACCUCCGUGUUGCGAGGGAUCAGGUCCUUGCAGUAGUAACACCGCUCCAAAAAGUCCCCCAAUUUCCCCGGAUUAUACUUCUCAGCCCUCACCGGAAACCCGAUGCUCAAGAUCGACGAUCGAGGCUCUUUUCGGUCGUCUUCAGUCUCCACAACCGCCGCCGGAUUAUUGGCUGCGGCGGCGGUGUUCGCAACUUGGCCGGCGCGACGGCGCGACGAGCUUCCAUUCCGGCUGCGCUUCAUCGUUAUCCUCAAAGUCUAUGGAAAAAUUGUGUAAAUUGCCCUAUUCCCUUUGGGAAUCGGACUCGGUUCAGGCCAAAACUUCAAACUCUGCUCACACGAUACACAAUA